CGGAAAUCUGGAGAGAGACUGCUGCUCUUUCUCAAGCACAGAUUUCCUUAGAUUUUUUUCGGAGGGAAGCUUCCUAGAAAGUUCUCCACUUGCAGGAUUUCUAAAUAAGCUGAGGGACGAGGUGAGGGGGCGGGGGGGGGGGGGGAGCGAGCAUGUGGCUCCGCCUCCUGGAGGUGCGUCCAGGUCCAGUUGCUGGAAAGCGCGGGCUGCUCCGGGCGCGCCCCCGCAGCUUCCAGAGGUGGGCGACUGGCGGCGGCUGCGGGGAGCAGGCGGGGCCGGGCCAGAGUCUCGGUUGACAAAGAAACUUAGCGCUGCCUCCGGGCUCCAAGCUCCCGCCGCCCUCCCGCGUUCGCUGGCGGCCUCCGGGGCGCCCCCAGGCCAGGUCCUCGCGGAGACCCCCGCGGUCUGGCCACCCGCCGGGGAGGGAGAGGAGUGGGCGGCGAGGAGACAGCGCCCCCUGCAGCGCAGCCCGGCCGCCAUGAGCCUGAGCGCGGCGUGCGGGCCCCGCAGGGGCGGCUCUCCCCCGGCGGCGGGCGCGCGGCGCUACGAGAGCCGGGACUACCUGCUCAUGGACGCGGAGCUGGACGACGGCGGCCCGCAGCCCCCGCUGCCGCCCUACGGCUACUACGCCUUCCCUCGAGGCACCGACAACAGACUGACACACCGGCGGCAGACGAUUCUCCGUGAGAAGGGGAGAAGAUUAGCUAACCGGGGGCCAGCGUAUAUGUUUAAUGACCGUUCUACAAGUCUAUCUAUUGAGGAGGAGCGCUUCUUGGAUGCAGCGGAAUACGGCAACAUCCCAGUAGUGAGGAAGAUGCUGGAGGAAUGUCUCUCCCUCAAUGUCAACUGUGUGGAUUACAUGGGCCAGAAUGCCUUGCAGCUAGCAGUGGCCAAUGAGCAUCUGGAAAUCACAGAACUUCUUCUCAAGAAAGAAAAUCUCUCCCGUGUUGGGGAUGCCUUGCUUCUCGCUAUCAGUAAAGGCUACGUUCGGAUCGUGGAAGCGAUUCUCAGUCAUCCUGCUUUUGCAGAAGGCAAGAGGUUAGCGACCAGCCCCAGCCAGUCUGAACUCCAGCAUGACGAUUUUUAUGCCUAUGAUGAAGACGGAACGCGGUUCUCCCAUGAUGUGACCCCGAUCAUUCUUGCUGCUCACUGCCAGGAGUACGAAAUUGUGCACACCCUUUUGCGGAAGGGUGCUCGAAUUGAGCGGCCUCAUGACUACUUCUGCAAGUGCAGUGAAUGCAACCAGAAACAGAAGCAUGACUCCUUCAGCCACUCCAGGUCUCGAAUCAAUGCCUACAAAGGCCUGGCGAGCCCAGCGUACCUGUCACUCUCUAGUGAAGACCCAGUCAUGACAGCUUUAGAACUUAGCAAUGAGCUGGCAGUUCUGGCCAACAUUGAGAAAGAAUUCAAGAAUGACUACAAAAAGCUUUCAAUGCAGUGCAAAGACUUUGUUGUUGGACUCCUUGAUCUCUGCAGAAAUACUGAGGAAGUAGAAGCUGUUCUGAAUGGAGACGUGGAGAUGUGCCAGAGUGGUGGAGAUCACGGUCGGCCAAACCUCAGUCGUUUAAAACUUGCCAUUAAAUAUGAAGUAAAAAAAUUUGUAGCUCACCCAAACUGUCAGCAGCAGCUUCUGUCCAUCUGGUAUGAGAACCUCUCCGGUUUGCGGCAGCAGCCGAUGGCGGUCAAGUUUCUCGUGGUCCUCGCCGUUGCCGUUGGGCUGCCCUUCCUGGCUCUCAUCUACUGGUUCGCCCCGUGCAGCAAGAUGGGGAGGAUAAUGCGUGGACCAUUCAUGAAGUUUGUAGCACACGCUGCCUCCUUCACCAUUUUUCUGAGUCUGCUCGUCAUGAAUGCAGCUGACAGAUUUGAAGGCACCAAACUCCUUCCUAAUGAAACCAGCACGGAUAAUGCAAGACAGCUGUUCAGAAUGAAAACCUCCUGCUUCUCAUGGAUGGAGAUGCUCAUCAUAUCCUGGGUAAUCGGAAUGAUAUGGGCUGAAUGCAAAGAAAUCUGGACUCAAGGACCUAAGGAAUACUUGUUUGAGUUGUGGAAUAUGCUUGAUUUUGGUAUGUUGGCAAUCUUUGCAGCAUCGUUCAUUGCAAGAUUCAUGGCAUUCUGGCAUGCUUCCAAAGCCCAGAGCAUCAUUGAUGCAAAUGAUACUUUAAAGGACUUGACCAAAGUCACCUUGGGAGACAAUGUGAAAUAUUACAAUUUGGCCAGGAUAAAGUGGGACCCCUCUGAUCCUCAAAUUAUAUCUGAAGGCCUUUAUGCAAUUGCUGUAGUUUUAAGUUUCUCCAGAAUAGCUUAUAUUUUACCAGCAAAUGAAAGUUUUGGGCCUCUGCAGAUAUCACUUGGAAGAACAGUAAAAGAUAUCUUCAAAUUUAUGGUGAUAUUCAUUAUGGUGUUUGUGGCCUUUAUGAUUGGAAUGUUCAACCUCUACUCCUACUACAUUGGUGCAAAAGAAAACGAAGCCUUCACAACAGUUGAAGAAAGCUUUAAGACAUUGUUCUGGGCUAUAUUUGGACUUUCUGAAGUGAAGUCAGUGGUCAUCAAAAAUAAUCACAAGUUCAUUGAAAACAUUGGUUAUGUUCUUUAUGGAGUUUAUAAUGUUACAAUGGUCAUUGUUCUGCUAAACAUGCUAAUUGCAAUGAUCAACAGUUCAUUCCAGGAAAUUGAGGAUGAUGCUGAUGUGGAAUGGAAAUUUGCAAGGGCCAAGCUUUGGUUUUCUUAUUUUGAGGAAGGAAGAACUCUUCCUGUUCCCUUUAACCUGGUGCCAAGUCCAAAGUCCCUGUUCUAUCUCUUACUGAGGCUCAAAAAGUGGGUUUCUGAGCUGUUCCAAGGUCAUAAAAAGGGACUCCAGGAGGAUGCUGAGAUGAACAAGAGAAAUGAAGAAAAGAAAUUUGAAAUUCUGGGAAGUCAUGAAGACUUAUCAAGAUUAUCCUUGGACAAAAAGCAGUUGUUCAGACUGGCCUGUGGCUCCUUCUUCAAGGACGGCAGAGAUCACCUGUGGGAAAGUCAAAGCACAAUCUCACCACAAUGUGAGCUUGGGCAGAGCAAACAAUCAAGUAUAAGAAGCUCAGAGGAUUUCCAACUAAAUAGUUUUAAUAAUCCUCCAAGACAGUACCAGAAAAUAAUGAAGAGGCUCAUUAAAAGAUAUGUACUAAAAGCCCAGGUAGAUAAGGAGAGUGAUGAAGUGAACGAAGGGGAACUGAAGGAAAUUAAGCAGGACAUCUCAAGUCUCCGCUAUGAACUUCUAGAAGAAAAAACUCAGAACUCUGAAGACCUAGCGGAACUGAUUAGAAAACUUGGAGAGAAAUUAUCAGUGGAGAAAAAUCAAGAGGAAAGCAAUAGAUAAUUGACUGUGUGACUAUCCUUUAGAGAAGAAACAUUUCAGAGAUGAAGUGAGUCAUUAUACUAUCCAGACCCCAAUGUUUAAAUGGUUGGUGAUUAAAUCCUAUUGUUCUAUAGGUUAUGAUAAAAAUGGUGCCCCAUU